GCACGCAGAGGCCUCCCUCCGCCUGCUGCGCUGUUUUUGGGGAGCGGGAGAAAAGGGGGGGCUAAAGAAACCCCCACCAAACUGCCCCUACCCCCAGUCUAAGUCCGGGACCUGAAAGAAAAGAAUCCGAUCCAGCUCUGGGACGCGGUGGAACGACUAUCCACCGACAUUUAAAGCUCGUUUUAUAACGCGUUUCUGGAGUUUCGUGCGCUCUUGGAGAGUUUACGCACGGACGCCGUCGACAUGGCACGGAUAACUGUUUUGUCCGGUUGAAAACUUCGCGUAUCCAAGGUGUUAUUUGGAUUUUUCCCCCUCCUGUUUUAUAUGGAUGCAGCAUAGGACGCUUUUAAGGGGAAUUAUAUGGUCGUACCGCUUCUGCAUCGAUCCGAAAUAAAGUUACUUGGACGCGCGUGGAACUAUUAGUGCCAAACGUCCAGUGUGCCGACCCUUCGUCUCCAGCCUGUGGGGCCACGGCUCUCCAGACAGGUCAGAGGUCAUCUACGACAUGACGCCAGCCAGCCACCUGCCCAUCCUGCUCUCCCUGAGCGCCCUGCUGCUGUCUCCGCUGCUCACCGGCUCCUUGGCCUUAUCUCCACCCAGGUUCACAAAAGUACCUGUCGAUAUGAUCGGCGUCUCCGGAGGUGUUGUAUCCUUCGUAUGCCAAGCCACAGGUGACCCCAAGCCAAGAGUAACCUGGAAUAAGAAAGGAAAGAGGGUGAACUCUCAACGCGUCGAGACAGUAGAGUUUGACGAAGGUGCGGGAGCCGUCCUAAGAAUCCAGCCUCUCCGAGCACCUCGAGACGAGAACAUCUACGAAUGUGUGGCAGAGAACAGCGAAGGCGAAAUCAGUGUCCAGGCUAAGCUGUCAAUUAUCAGAGGUAAGACUAAAGGUUGA